CGCACCAACAACGUACCACUCACAGUUCGUCCAGACCACAGAACCGAUCUGUGCACUAAAUGUCUCUGGGGUAAAAAUCCAAGCCUUGGUUUUUUUUGAACAAUUUUUCCAAAACCUGGUCGACAGUUAAGACGCAGUCAAAUUGCAGUGAUAACACGAACGAUCCAGACUUGAAUACCAUGACCUCUACCAGCAUCAACGUUGGAUUCUCCGGGCAGCGUAACUCCAGUAGGGUACUGAGCCCGCCAGGCGGUCACAGCUCUAUUUUCGGCACUCCUGAAGAAGUGGCGCAGAAACCCGAAGCCCCCACGGCCUGCGGAGAGGAACGGGAGCCGGUGAAGGCUGCCGAAGUAGCGGAACAGCCUGGAACUCCCGAGGAGAAGCCACCCGAGGUUGCAGUGAAGCCGCAGCCUCGAGCACGGGUGCCACCCGGCGGAUAUUCGUCAGGUCUUUGGUGAUUGAUUGCAGUUAGUUAUAAAUUGUUGUGUAAAUAUUACAUCUACAACCAUAGAAAAGCACAGUAGUAUAAUACAGUAGUACGCAGUAUA